AUGUCGGUUUUAAAAGAACUUACAACCUUGACCAAAACAGAAUAUAUCAUGUCUGAUAACGAAGGCAAGAGUUCUUCCUUUGCAUUUUAUGCAUUUCUACAAAUUUACAAAUACUUUCAUCAUGAUGGGGACCAACUUAAAGGGAUAACUUUAAGUGUAGUAGCUGAUAGGUUAUAUCCCAAUGAAAGGUCCAUUUCAACUGAUUCCAAGACUUCUCUUUUCGUUACUUGGAAGAAAAAAAGGUCAAAGAUACAUAUAGAUGAUCCCUAUGCCUUGAGAGGUUGCAUUGGUACUUUCGCAAAGUUACCUAUCAAAGAAGGUCUAGAAAAAUAUUCAUUGAUUGCAGCUUUAGAAGAUAGUAGAUUUCCACCAAUUGCUGCACAUGAGUUACCAAAACUUAAAUGUAGCUGUAACAUCUUACAGAAUUUCAAAGUUAUUUAUGAUGGCAAAGCUAAAAGGGGUGACAUUAACAAUUGGGAACUAGGUACUCAUGGUAUUGAAUUAAAAUUUAAAGACCCACAUUCUAAAUCACACUUCAGUGCUACUUUCUUGCCAGAUGUGAUGACUGAACAGGAAUGGGAUAAAGAGGAUACUUUUCUUAAUCUAAUUGAAAAGUCAGGUUACUGGGGAAACGCUAAGGAUGUAUUAAACAACUAUCAAGACUAUUUCUUAGAGGUGAUAAGAUAUGAAGGUGUUAAAAGUUCUAUCACAUAUGAAGAAUUUUUGGAACAAUUAAAUAGUUUACUAAAUUGA